UGACGGACCAACUGAACUAACAGGAAUGCAAUUUGACUGUGCAGCGGCUUCUCAGCUACCGGCUUUAAACGCUGGGAACGCUAUUUUAAACGCUGGUCCUGGGAAACAGUUUUCGUUCUUUGUGUUUUUAACAUGUCGAAUGACAAAAUAAAGAACCUUGAACCUUGAAACUUGACUGAUUGUUACCGGAGAUUUCUGACCAUUUCAGACAGCAGCUGCAGAAUGAAGACAACACUUCCAGUGUGGCUGUGUGUGCUGUCAGCUCUCACCGCCCCUCCGUCUGAUGCCACACCAAGACAUUUUUCAGUGUCAGUCCCCUCUGAGCCAAUCUCUGUGCGGCUGGGAGACUCAGUCAUUCUGCCCUGUUCAGUCACUCCCCCCGUGGACGUUCAUGACCUGGAAGUGCGCUGGUACCGCCCCACAAAGUUCAACCCCCCUGUACUGCUCUACAAGGAGCAGCAGCUCCAGACCAGCUCUCUGGACCCCCAGUACCGGGGCCGGGUGAGCCUGGACCUUGGGACAGAGGGGCUGGCAAGGGGAAACUUGUCCCUCCAUUUGAGGAACAUCACAGCAAGAGAUGUUGGGGAAUAUGUGUGCUAUGUUAGCAGUGACCAGUGGUAUGAAAUGGGGCAGGUGUCUCUCCACCUGAAAAACCUGGUGGGUUCCAUCCCGGUUCUGUCAGUGCAGCCCAGCAACGGAGACAGAGGAGGGGCACAGCCACAGAUGCCCAGAGCUUGGUGUCAGUGA